ACUAAACAAAUCCCACAAAACAAACACUGGUCAGUUUGUACUGAGCUGAAAAGACAGAGCACAUGUCACAUGGUGCUGUUGCUUCACUUCUUUUGAAAUCGUGUUUUCUAUCGGAGAGUCUCCAGCGACUUGAACAUGAAGAAGAUCCAGGUUCUGUUCGUGCUCCUCCUGUCGACCGUGGCCACCGACGCUCAGUCCCUCCACCUCGGGAACUGCCCUCAGCCGUCAGUUCAAGAGUACUUCAACGUCACGGAGUACAUGGGGACCUGGUACGAGAUAGAGAAGCUCCCGGCUCUGUUUGAGAGAGGGAAAUGUGUCCAGGCCACUUAUUCUCCUCUCGCUGACGGGACAGUCAGAGUUUACAAUUCAGAGUUGCUGUCUAAUGGGAAGAUAAACUCCAUCGAAGGUGUUGCCAGAGUUAAAGACCCGUCUCAGCCGGCCAAGCUGGGUGUCAGCUUCUUUAAAGGUGUUCCAGAUGGUCCGUACUGGGUUCUCUCCACAGACUACCAGUCCUACUCUCUGGUCUACUCCUGCUCAGACUACCUCCGUCUUUUCCACAUUGACUUCGCCUGGAUCCUGGCUCGCACCCGGGAGCUGCCGGAGGACCUGGUCAGCAGACUCCACGAGGAUCUGACUGCUGCUGGUGUAAACGUGAACAGACUGAAGGUUACAAACCAGACUGGCUGUGAUGUCAUGAUCUGAAGAAGGAUCAGAACAAAUGGGGACAAGAACUUCCUCUUACAGAAAUGUGAAUCUUAUCCUUUAAGCAAUGCUGUUUAUGUUUAUGUUUAUUCCAUUUAAAAUAAUUGUAUUUAUCAUGUAAAUCCCAAACAUCAACAAUAAGUCCUUCAUGUGGCGCAGGAAAUGAUUCCUGACAAUCCUAUGUGUGAUAUGCUUUUGUGCAUCUGAGUGAUUAAAACACAAACAUCUUCUCAAAACAA